GGGCCAUGGCAGAUUCCUGCAGGAACCUCACCUACGUUCGGGGCUCCGUAGGACCGGCCACCAGCACCCUGAUGUUUGUGGCGGGUGUGGUGGGCAACGGGUUGGCACUGGGCAUCCUAGGGGCCCGGCGACAGUCACGCCCAUCAGCCUUUGCUGUGUUGGUCACGGGACUGGCGGUGACAGACCUGCUGGGCACGAGCUUCCUGAGCCCAGCCGUGUUCGUGGCCUAUGCUCGAAACAGCUCGCUGCUGGGGCUGGCCCAGGGGGGCCCCGCGCUCUGUGAUGCCUUCGCCUUCGCCAUGACCUUCUUCGGCCUGGCCUCCACGCUCAUCCUCUUCGCCAUGGCCGUGGAGCGCUGCCUGGCACUGAGCCACCCCUAUCUGUAUGCCCAGCUGGAUGGGCCACGCUGUGCCCGCCUGGCGCUGCCUGCCAUCUACACCUUCUGCACCCUCUUCUGCGCCCUGCCCCUGCUGGGCCUGGGUCAACACCAGCAGUACUGCCCGGGCAGCUGGUGUUUCAUCCGCAUGCGCUCCACAGAGCCCGGUGGCUGUGCCUUCUCACUGGCCUAUGCCAGCCUUGUGGCCCUGCUGGUGACUGCCAUUGUCCUGUGCAAUGGCUCUGUCACCCUCAGCCUCUGCCGCAUGUACCGUCAGCAGAGGCGCCACCAGGGAUCCCUGGUCCCCAGCUCCCGGGCACGCGAAGACGAGGUUGACCACCUGAUUCUGCUGGCCCUCAUGACAGGCAUCAUGGCUGUGUGCUCCCUGCCUCUCACGAUCCGAGGCUUCACCCAGGCCAUCGCGCCGGACAGCAGCGAGAUGGGGGACCUGCUCGCCUUCCGCUUCAACGCCUUCAACCCCAUCCUGGACCCCUGGGUCUUCAUUCUCUUCCGCAAGACGGUCUUCCAGCGACUCCGCCUCUGGCUCUGCUGCCUGUGCUCCCGGCCCGCCCGCGGCGGCUCGCAGACCCCGCUCUCCCGGCCCGCCCCAGGGAGGGGGGACCCCCGGGUCCCCGGUGCCGCUGUCCAGGGGAAGGAGGGGAGCUGGGUGCCGCUGUCGGCCUGGGGCGAGGGGCAGGUGGCGCCCGUGCCUCCUGCGCCGCGGUCCAGCGGCAGCACCGUGGGAACGCCGUCCAAAGCCGAGGCCACGGUCGCCUGCUCCCUCUGCUGACAUCGAAGCCGGCCCUGUCAUCGCCUGCCCUCUCUUCCGGGGACAGGAGCCAGAAAACCGAGCUCGGGGCCGGGGCGAUGCUGCGGAGGUCAGAACCUUCUGCCCCGAAUCCGGGGCGGGCCAGCUGCUAUUCGUCCUCCUGGAGGCCACCGCUACAGGCUCUGGGAGGAGACCCGGGGACGCAGGCGACGUUUAUCCUGGAGCACAAAAAGAACGAUUUUCUCAAAAUAGCCAGCGGCCUAGC